AUGACUUGGUUUCGUAGUUUGCCGCAGGUCGUUUCAGUCUGCUCGAUUGAAACAGCUGCUUCAAAUACCGUAACAUAUUCUCAAUGUUUUACCUCUGGCGCAACAGCAACAAGUCAAUGUACAGCAUGGACAACUUUUGUAGCUCAAUUAACGCCUCGAGCCUAUACUCUGUUAACUAUUCGUGGUACACAAGAUUUAGUUGGAGUUACGGUUACUGAUGCAACUGUUAUAUCGAAUAUUGCAUCAGCUUUAAGAACUUCAACCGCUUAUGGUCCAGUCACAUCAAACAGUCGUUCAUGGGCAGUUGGCUCAUGUGGAACUGCAUACGAAUUGAGUGCCAGUGGCACUACUUGUCAAUGUGCCAGUCCCGGUUACAUUGCACGACCGUGCCUUACUAAUUUAAACUGGGGUGGAAUAAACAACAUUACAUGUAGUGCCGCAAGUCAAACAAUAACAGUUAUAUUUCAGUACUGA